AUGGGAAAUCCAAAUAUACAAAUCAGUGAAGAAAUUUACAAUGAAGCAUUGAUUUCAAUUGAGGACAUGUGCUUGAUAAUGUCAAACAAACUAUUAAUUCAAUUAGGCCUGACCGCGCCCAAUCGUCCAAUGCAUGACGCUUUUAACCAAGAGUUGCAUCGAGAAAGACUGUAUGAUCUCAACGAUUUGAAAGAAUUAAUUCAAACAAAUCUUCCACUGUUAAAUGAACAACAGAAGUAUGUAUUUGAAACUCUUAUGAAAGUAACAAAUGAUGAAACUGGAGGGAUUUACUUCUUAGAUGCACCUGGUGGUACAGGAAAAACUUUUUUGAUUUCAUUAAUAUUAGCAACAAUUCGCUCACAAAAUAAAAUUGCACUUGCACUCGCUUCGUCGGGAAUCGCAGCAACUUUGCUUGAAGGUGGUCGAACAGCCCAUUCAGCACUAAAAUUGCCAUUAAAUAUGCAUAGCAAUGAAACUCCAACCUGCAACGUUUCGAAGAACUCUGCAAUGGCAAAGGUUUUGCAGCAAUGUAAAUUGAUUGUUUGGGAUGAAUGCACGAUGGCACAUAAAAAAUCUUUGGAGGCUUUGGACAGAACCUUAAAAGAUCUACGGAGCAAUAAUAACCGAUUUGGUGGUGCAAUGAUUUUAUUAGCAGGAGAUUUUCGUCAAACAUUGCCGGUGAUUCCACGAUCAACGCCAGCUGAUGAACUCAAUGCAUGUCUAAAGUCCUCCAGUUUGUGGAAACAUGUCCAAGUACUUCAUUUAAGCAAGAAUGCGUGUCGAGUUGCAAAAUGA